AUGGUUGGUGCCCGUCUCUGGGCCCUAUUCACGUCGCGCACGCUGCACGGCACUUCACCCGCGCUGCUAACCGCAUUUGUGCUUCUCAAAAUCGCCCAUGGGUGUCUAAAGGCGGGCUUCAAGGACCCAGCGCACCCCAGCAGACAUGACCCGCCCUUCGAGGUCCAUUUCGGGCUCGAGCUCAUCAAGCUUGCGGCGACCGUCGGGUGGUUAUAUGUGCAGGAAAAGUGGGUUGACAAGCGGAGGGUAAAGCACGCGGAGCAGGAGCCCCUGGUGCUGCAGGCGCGCGGAGAAGAAGAGGCGACGGCAGUGGAAAGUGUGUGGGGUAGGAAGCAGAAGUGGGUUGUCGGGGCGCUGGUUGGCGGGGUGUUCUUCGUCCACCACCUUCUGCUGCAAGCCCGCGCGGCGUACUCCAAUCAAGUCACGCUGGACAUUGUAGACGCGCUGCCUAUCCUAUUCGUCAUCCUCCACCAAUUCGUGCUUUUGCGAAAGGGAACCCCGUUGACACACAUAACGAGCGCGCUCUUGCAGAUUGUCGCUCUAUGUCUGCUCUAUCGCGUCACCAAAGUGCCCCAAUACCCACACGCAGCAUACUCACUGCUCCUCACCAGCGCAGCCGUCUCCUCGCUCUUUUCUCUCAUGCCGUUUGCGCUAUACACCGUCAAUGCCGAUUUCCACCGCGUUAACCGGUUCAUCUUCCUCAGCACCACCGUCGCUGCAUUCAUCGGCGUCUUCGCCUGUCCCGCCAAAACACGAUUCUUCCCGCCCCGCUCGCUGCCCCGCGACUGGGUGGCCGCCUUUUUCGGCCUGGGAAUGUACAUCGUCGAGGACCUCCUCGGUCUUGCCAUUGUCCAUCAAUCGUCGCCCUUCACUUUCUGGGCUGUUUCGCUGCUUUCGACCUCCCUCAACAUCCCGCUUUCCCGCCUCGCAUUCCCCACGACAAUCUCCUUCACCAAUGUGCAGAUGCUCGCGGCGGGGCUGGCGCUGUAUACUGGGCUUGCUUACCUGGCCGAUGCGUCGAGUCCCCACAGCAGUAACCCUCGCAAGUCAGUAUCACGGCUCAAUGUGGUCUUGCUCGCGAGCACAUUCGUCCCUCUGCUGGCUGCCAUCGUGUCGCACGGCCUGACGCCCAUUCCCCAUUCUACCGAGUCGUACAUCUGGAACCACGAGAACUGGGUCCGGGAGCAUACGACGCGGGUCGUGCUGCCCCACCAGCACAGCGCGGCGUACAACACGACCGAGCGGGCGUGGAACGACACGCGCACGUGUGUCCGCCGGCCGCUGCCGCUGACGUCCGUGUUUGACGGGCCGGGGGACCGCCCGGACUUCCAUGCGUUCGACGAUGUGCUGGUGGUGGUGUUCUUCAGCCACGCGCGGUACGACAUUAAUCUGGACGGCUACCGCGAAGCCUAUUCGGCGUAUUUCCCGAACUUGCUGUUCAUCGGCCCGGCGAGCCGCGAGGACCGUGGGUUCACGCACUCGUACGACGUUGCGCUGGACUCGUACAUGUCGCACGAGGACCUGGACGUCGGGUGGCCGAAGCUCGGCGGGCGUAUGGCCCACCAUAUGUUCUACACGGCCGUCAAGGACCACCCGUGCUACGGCGGGUACCUCUGGGCGCCGUUCGACGCGCUGCUAAACAUCCCGCGCCUGAUGCAGUUCCCACAGGACCGGCUGUGGUACCACAGUCCGUUUGCGACGCGGUUUGUGCCCAAUCCGGCACAGACCCCGCAGGGGACGGCGGACAUGAAAAGGGAUGAGCAAGUUGUGCUGAAGCGGCCGCCGCCGGCACAGGUGUCGGACGCGUACAAGACGGCGUAUGGCCGCUAUGAGAAGAAUGCAAGGAGCUGGGGAGGGGCGUGGGAGUGGUGGUGGGGGGAGAAGUACGUCGGGCUCGGCGCGUGCCUCAGGUUCUUCUACUCGCAGCCGCAGCACAUGCGCGACCGGCUGGCGGGCCUGACGGGCAGCGAGCACCGCGUCAUCGGCGGGUCGGCGGACACGAUGUACAUCCCCGGCCACCUCCGCGCGGACUUCCUCGAUGUCCUGGGGACUUUCUUGCGCACAGACUGCUUCCUCGAGAUCGCACUGCCGACGACGCUGCACCUGAUCCUCCCCGCGGACGAGGAGAUCGUGUGGGUCGACCACUGGUGGAAGAACGACCCGCCGUUCAACACGACGUACGUGCGCGACCUGUGGGCCGCGGGGUACGAGGUGGACUCGUUCCACUCGUUCCAUUGGGGCGACGUACAGGCGGACGGCUUCUUUGGCCCGAACAGGGACGCGGUGCGGGAUGUCCGGGCGCUGUUGGCGGACUCGUUUGCGCGCCAGGGCACCGUGCCGCCGAGUUGA